CUCUCCAUCAGGCCGGGCCCACCCGUAUAAAAACAUUGUGCGGUGCAUUGAGGGCACCAGUGAGUCGUUGUUGAGCACCCGGGGAGCAACAAGAAGCCAGCGCCAUGAAGACCACCGCCCUCGCCGUGUGCGCCCUCGUGGCCUGCGUCGCCGCCGCGCCCCAGUUCCCGCAGCAGCAGCAGCAGUACCAGCAGCAGUACCAGCAGCAGGCCCGUCGCCAGCAGACAUACUCCUCGUCAAGCAGCACCCCCGCUGUGAACAUCGCUCUCACCCGGUCCUCGCCGGAGCAGCCCAUUGUUAUCCUGAAGCAGGUGCAGGACUUCGCCCUGCCCGGCACCUACUCGUACAGCUACGAGACCGAGAACGCCAUCCAGGCGUCGGAGAGCGGCGAGCUGAGGAACGCCGGCACCCCAGAGGAGGCCAACGCGGUGCAGGGCUCGUACUCGUGGGCGGACGCCGACGGCACCGUGUACACCGUCAACUACGUCGCCGACGAGAACGGCUUCCAGGCCCAGGGCGCGCACCUGCCCGUGCCGCCGCCCGUGCCCGAGGAGAUCCAGCGCGCCAUCGACUACGCCAGGUCGCAGCCGGGCUUCAGGGAGGACGACGACGGCCAGUACCGGAAGGAGGAGUAGACGAAUAAAGUCCUAAAAAG